AUGAAUGGCUCUAAAAAAAAACACUAUGAUGAGGACUACRCAGCAGAUAGUUUCACAAUAAUCUUUAUCAAAGAACUAGCUUAUGCCAUCGUCACAGUUGUCGCACUUGUGGGAAACAGCCUUGCAAUUGCUUCCGUGUUCCAAACUCCACGCAUGCGCACAAUAACAAAUUAUCUAAUAGUCAACAUGGCUAUUGUUGAUAUCAUAAAAAAAAUUAUCGCCAUACCACAAACCUUUUUGGUGGUCGCCAACUACAACAUCGUCUCAGAGUCUGCGGUGUUUGAGGUUUUUGGCUGCAAAGCUACGAAUUUCUUCCAUUAUGCGUUACAAGGGGUUUCUGUUCURACCCUAAAAAAAAUAGCGACGGAUCGAUACUUCGCUAUAAUGAUUCCUUUUAAAAAGUUUUUGACUAAGCGUGUAUUUUAUGUGGUACUUGUGAUCAUUUGGCUUGUCGGCAUCGCUGUCGCCUCUCCGGUACCAUACGCCUAUAGAGUCUUAGAAGUAGAAGGCUACCUGUACUGCGGAGAGGAAUGGGAACCACUAAAAAAAAGUACUGAAGCUUCCAAAGUCUACACAGUCGUUUUAUUUAUAAAAAAAUACUGUAUUCCAUUCUUGGCAAUGACUGUGAUCUACUCCAUAAAAAAAAAUAAACUUUGGACUCGUAAACCCAUAGGAGAAUUAAACCAAAGCGGAAAGAAAAUCUUGGAGUCUCGGAAAAAAGUUGUGAAAAUGCUUGUCACAGUGGUAGUUGGAUUUGUCAUCUGUUGGCUACCAGCUCAGAUAAAAAAAUUGUGGGGGUAUUUYAMAGAAGUUMAUAUCAUCCCUGAAUGAAAAAAAUUUUUGUGUUUCUUUGUAAUGCACGCCCAUCCGGCUCUAAAUCCUUGCAUCUACGUAAUCUUUAGUCAGAAUUUCCGUGACGGAUUCAAAAAAAAAGUGAAGUGUUAUUGCUGUAUGAGCAGUGCCGGGAAGUCAUCAAAAAAAAGCAACCCUACCAAGAUUGACAGAUGUCUUUUAAAGAAUGAAAAAAAAGAAAAGGGGGAAGAUUUCAAUCGUGAAGUCACUACGGCAAGAAAAAAAAUUUGUUAA